UUACGUAUCUUUCGUUAGGCAAUUUAUUCGAUCCAUUUAACAAAGAAAAGUAUUUAAAAAAGGCGAGAUUCGUCCCUGAAAGGGACUUUGUUUCUUUGCUUUGAGUCUGCUGGUAUAAGCCAUAAGGCCCAUAAGCUGCCGCGUGAGUACCGAAGGCGGAGGUAGAAGAAAGGUGCAAGUGGAAAUUAUAAAAGAGCGGUCGCAAGCCAAGAGGAAACAGUCUCCUCCAAGUGUUCACCUGCGCAACUACAACUUGGAAUUUCCACCGAUCCGUUAUACUUUGGAUAUCGAAAAUUUAAAACUGCCUGUUGUUGGAGACAAAUCAAAGUAACGAGAUGGGCGCGAUCGAAUGGGUAACCGAGGGCGAUGACUACGAAUGCAGCCUGUCGACGGAAACGCAGAAACUGGCGAAGGAGGAACUCAGAGAAGAUAAAAAUACGAGAGACCAAGCUCUUGAGCAGAUACGUAAUUGGAUAAAACUGAAUCCGCGUAUACAAAACUGUCGCCUCGAUGCGCAGUUUUUAUUAAGAUUCCUAAGAUGUAAAAAAUUUAACGUUCCGAUGGCGGAAGAGGCGAUCGAAAGGUAUUUGCUGCUGCGCCAAGUUUACCACCCCGCGUUCAAUAACUUGGACAUUACCGAACCAACUAUGGACGAGUUAUUAUCUUUGGGAUAUAUAUUCGCUGCACCUGGACGCGACGCCAAAGGCCGCCGUGUUAUAAUUGCCAGACCAGGCGUCUUUGAUCCUCAUAAGUAUACCAAUGCCGACAUGUGUAGAAUUCACGCGAUAACAUACGAGUGUCUGAUGGAAGACGAGGAAAGUCAAGUACGGGGUUUUGUUCAUUUCGCCGAUGGAGCCGGUGUCAGUUUCCCCCAUUUGACGCUUUUUACACCGAAGGAGGCGGUCCGUAUCGUGAAGAACGGCGAGCGAACUAUACCCAUGCGGCAUAAGGAAGUUCACGCGAUUAACACACAUCCUUCUUUGAAAUUCGCACUUGACUUUGGUAUGUCAUUGAUCUCCGAAAAGAUAAAAAAACGCGUCAAGAUCUACACCAGUCUAGAAGAUGCUAUCAACCAUAAAAUGGAUACGAGUAUGUUACCUAAAGAGUAUGGCGGUACGAUGCCUAUGAAAGAAAUGAUUGAAUUAUGGAAGAAAGAGUUGCUAGAAAUGAGACCGACGUUAUUGAGCCACGAUAAGAUGAGAGUGUGUUUGGAUUUAUACUCGGAGAAGGCUCGGGAAGGUGCGGUAUCGGCCUUGAAACAAGGCUUUGGUUGUUCCGAUAUCGGUUCCAGUGAUUCCACCAUGUACGGUAUCACGGGUUCUUUCAGAAAGCUCGAAGUCGAUUGAUUAAGCCGUGUUAUUGAUAAUAAUAAACUUCAUAACCGAUAUUUACCAUAUCGAUAGGAUAAAGUCAUCGAUACUUUUUUUGUAGCGAAUUAUCAGGGCUACAACAAGAUACGUUAUUCUAGCGAUUAUUGUAGCUGUAAGAGCUUAUUAAGAUAUUAUUCAGAAAUGUAAAAGAAACAGCAAUGAAAUUUCGAUCUCGAUCGACGCGACUAAGUUUUGUGCUCGAUGAAUCUCAAUAUAUAAAUGAAAUAAUUGUAGUCCUCAAACCUUAGGCUUACGUUCGAUAAAGUAUAAGUUAUAUGUCGUUUUAUUUUCGCAAUUUGUAAAUAAAAUCAUAUUAUUGGAAAUAAAUAUUUUCUUACGCAUA